AGGAAACCGGCAGCGCGCGGAAGAGGAACGUCUGAGAAUGCUAUCAAAAGCUAGCUCAGUUAGCAACGGUAGUUUGAGCUAGUGAGCGCUACGGUCCGAUAUAUAACUCACUAUUCACCAGCUGAGCGCUAUAAUAGAUAGAUAACGAAGGGGCUUGAGUAAUGAACGGUAGCUUUAACGUUAUCCAAUGGUAACGCAGAAGGUGGCUAGGUGAUUGUAAACGGUCUGAAGCUAACCGCAGCUAGCUUAGCUAACGUUAGUAAACAGACGUCCCGUAGCAGACCUACGUCAGUGUCGUCAAGUAGUCAACCUGAAGACACGGAGCGUUUCUGUCACUGAGAGUGAACGUGUGGCUGUAAAAGUGUUUUUCCCCCCAAUUAAGUUGAAUAAUAUAAUUAAUAGAAAGGUAGAGAUAAUGCACCACGUCAAGAUCAAGACUGAAAGGCUGGAUGCAGAGGGGGCUGGUGCCCGCAGCAGAUUGGAUGCUGUGUUAAAGGGACUGGUGGAGAGGAGUGAAAAUGAAAAGGAGCAAAAUGAGGGUGACACAGGAAAAAUAUCAGCCGACUCCUUAAACAAGGAUUUGUCUCCAUCAUCUGCUGGAAAAAGGCCGUCGGCUCGAUUUCCACAGCACCGGAGGAAGAAGCGAAAAGAGAUGGAUGAGGGCAUACCAGAGAGCAAUCAACACAAACAAAAUGCUUACAUUAUUAAGCUGUUUGAUCGCAGCGUGGAUCUGGCUCAGUUCAACACCAGCACCCCACUCUACCCUAUCUGCCGUGCCUGGAUGAGAAACACUCCUACUGUUCGAGUGCCGCCUGCUUCCCCAAGCCCCCCACAUAGCAUGGUGGAGGAAGAGCUUACGGACAUGAUGAAUGGUAAAGCUCAGGUUGUGUACAGACUCCCUCCUCCAACCUCCUGUCCAGUCAGCGCCUCUGGUGAACCCAUCAAUCUCAGGAUCCCACAGACUGAAAAACCCACUGUUACCAAGUUAACAGAUUCAGUUCCUGUAUCAGGUUCUCUCAUAUGUGACCACAUGGAACGCUGGAAAAAGAUAAGGCAAAAAUGGAAGGAGUGCUCUAACAAGAACCAGUUAAGAUACAGCGAGAGUAUCAAGGUCCUUAAGGAGAUGAAGGAGCUCUAUGAUCGCUAACUGGCUUGUGCUGUAGCUCUCCACCACAGAAUGGAAAGGAGCUGUGGGCGUAGCAGUCAAUGUUUGAACACACCUGCCAUGUACACAACGGGACUCAAAUGAAAGCAUGAACAGAACCUUGAGCUGUAAAUAAACCAUUUGUCCGAUGAGUUGCAGAGAAAAAAAUAGUUUGAAGGAAGUUUUUUGCAAUUUCUUGUGCAGGAAUGUGUUCCAGUGUGAUGUGGGACUGUUUUUAUUCAUAAAGUUCUGUAUAAAUGUCUGAAUAAAAUAAUCAGUUUUCCAGAACACA